AGCGGAUUGUGUGAGACUUGAUUGGCCGGGUCCCCGAGUAAAGCCAGCACCAUGCCUCUCAACGCCAACUUCCAGAGCAGGAACUACGACUUAGAUUACGACUCCAUACAGCCGUUCUUCUACUUCGACGAAGAUGAGAACUUCUACCAGCAGCAGCAGUACAACCGGCUGCAGCCUCCGGCACCCAGCGAGGACAUCUGGAAGAAGUUUGAGCUCCUGCCUACCCCGCCGCGUUCCCCCAGCCGUAGAUCUAGCAUUUCCAACCUCUUUCCUUCCACCGACCAGCUGGAGCUGGUCACGGAGUUCCUGGGGGGGGACAUGGUGAACCAGAGCUUCAUCUGCGACCCGGACGACGAGACUUUCGUCAAGUCCAUCAUCAUCCAGGACUGUAUGUGGAGCGGCUUCUCUGCUGCUGCCAAGCUGGAGAAAGUGGUGUCGGAAAAGCUGGCGUCCUACCAAGCUUCUAGGAAGGAGAACUCUGCUUCCCAGCCCCAAAGCCAACAGCAGCAGCAGAGCCCGCAGAAGCUCGACUCCUGCCAGGUCGACCUCAGUCCCAUUGGGUCCAACAGGACCAGCAGUGAAUAUCUUCACGACCCCAGCUCCGAUUGCAUAGACCCGUCGGUGGUGUUCCCGUAUCCUGUGAAUGACAGCAUUCCUAGGAGCAGUUCUCAGUGCUUGGAGCAAGACCUAUCUUUGGAUACUCCACCAAUUAGCAGUAACAGCAGCAGUUCUGAGUCCGAAGGGGAACAAGAUGAUGACGACGAUGAUGAUGAUGAGGAGGAGGAAGAAGAGAUCGACGUGGUCACGGUAGAGAAGCGCUACUCCGCAUCGAAGAAGACCGAAUCCUCUUCCAGACCCCACCACAGUCCGCUGGUUUUAAAGAGGUGUCACGUGCCCAUCCACCAACACAACUACGCCGCCCCACCUUCCACCAAAAUGGACUACCCUUCCUCAAAGAGGGCCAAGCUCGAAAGCAACACCAGGGUCCUCAAACAGAUCAGCAACAACCGCAAGUGUUCGAGCCCCCGGUCGUCCGACAACGAGGAGAACGACAAAAGGCGGACACAUAACGUACUAGAGCGCCAGAGGCGCAACGAACUCAAGUUGAGCUUUUUCGCUCUCAGAGACCAGAUCCCCGAGGUAGCCAAUAACGAAAAGGCACCCAAAGUAGUUAUCCUUAAAAAGGCCACAGAAUAUGUCAUUUCCAUGCAAGAAGAGGAGCGAAGGCUCGUCCGGGAAACAGAACAGUUAAAACUCAAAAGAGAACAAUUAAAACAGAAACUCAAACAGCUCAAGAGCUUGUGAUUUCAUUUGUUCUUCAACUUUUCAAAAAAAAAAAAGACUUCUUCAACCGAACUGUGACAGUCCUAUUUCAAGGUUGUCUUCUUGAAUCCUACAAAUAAAAAGGACUUGUAGACUUUUUGGACAAGUGCAUGUAAAGGAUUGGCUAAACCUACACAACCUUGGCAUGGUCUUUCGAUUUUUGCCAGCACCUUAAAUACUGCCUCAAUAUUCAAAUGGGUAUACGGGAUAUUUGAACUUUGUUUGUUUAU